AUGUCGACUUUCCAGGCACUUGUUCGCUUCGAAGCCGAUGAUGGCCAGACAUAUUUUGCCGAUAUAGAGCCCAGCAAUGCCGGUUCCCUCUGCCCGGGUCAUCAGCUGGAAGGGUUCUCGUCCUUUGCUGCUUUUACGGCAAAACGUGGCGGGAGGUCAGUGAGACUGGCCAAAGCCAAAAUCCCCCAACACCCUCCUCUGUGGACGAAACCUGCUGCUGCGCUUGCAAAUCCAGGGGAAGACAUCCAUAUCGACAAGUUCUGCACUACAAGCUACCCAGAUUACGAGGGUGAAUAUGUUUUUGUGACCUCGCGAAAGUGCAAGAAUGUCACUCCCGAAGAGGCAGAAGAUUGCAUACUCGGCUACGCCACGGCAAACGAACUCUCUUGCCGGCUGUUCCAGGAUCCAGAUCAGAUGGGAGGCCAGUACUUUUUCGCCAAGGCUUUUGACAAGUUCGCACCUAUUGGUCCCGUUCUUGUGUCUCCCGAGAUUUUUGCCAACGGAGGCCAAGGCCGUAAGCUCACUACCAAGCUCAACGGCAAGGUGAUGCAGGAGGCGAGCAUCGACGAAGAUCAGAUCUUUAGUCCAGCACAAGUCCUGAGCUGGAUGAGCCAAGCCACUACUAUUCCUGCUGGUACAGCCGUCAUGACUGGAACGCCGGCUGGUGUGGGAUACUUCCAUGAACCGAAAAGGCUCCUCAGAGACGGAGAUGUUGUCGAGAUUGAGCUGGAAGGGUUGCCAGCGCUCCAAAAUAAGAUCGUGUUUGAGGCCUGA